UCCUCUCUCUUUCUCUCUCACACACAGAACCACGGCUGUAUCCAUCACGAUCACGAUUCCUUGCCUACGCGCGCCUCCUCAUGGCGGCUGCCACCGGAACCAACAAGGAGCAGCAGCAUCCACACCCAGCUCCACCACCGGGGGCAAAGGUGGUGGAUCCCAAGUUCGACUGGACGGAGAAGGCCGGCAGCUACGUGCUCCGCCUCACCCUCCAGGGCUUCCGGAAGGACGACUUCCGGGUGCAGGUCGACGGCGCCGGCAGGCUCACCCUGCGCGGCAGCAGGCCGGGCGCCUCCCUCCACAAGGUCUUCCAGCUGCCCUCCGCCGCCAGCCUCGACGACAUCGCCGGCCGCUUCGAGGCCGGUGUGCUCACGCUCACCAUGCCCAAGCGUGCCGGUGUGCCAGAGGAGGAGGGUGCGCCGAUAGAGCAGGUCGACGGCGACGUGAAGACGGGAGACGCCGGCGGUGAGGAGAUUAGAACGAAGCCCAAGGAAGAGCAGCAGAAGCCGAAGAAGGAGAAGGAACUGAAGCCCAAGUCUCCCCAGGCGGCAGCAGCUACGCAGACACCGCAGAAGCAAUCACCGAAUCCAACCUCCAGCGACAAGGCCAUGGCCGUGGUUGACCGGGAGUGCCUGGCAGAGAGGGCGAGGCGGCGCGGCGAGGAAGAGACGGCCAUGGAAGCUAGAGCGGAGCAGGAGAAGAAGGCGGCGGCCACGGCGUGCAACGGCUGGAAAGAGCGCGUGACGGAAGGCCUGGGGCAGCUGACGGACCUGAAGUGGGCGGAGGGCGCAAUGGACAUGGCGAGGAAGAACAAGGAGGUGGUGGCCGUCGGCAUCGCCGCCUUCACACUCGGCUUCUUCGUCUCCCACAGGCUCUUCAAGAAGUGACUAGCUAUCAAGCUAUGGAGAAUCACUAUGUCACAUACACGGACGGUAGGUAAUAUGUAAUGGCUAGUGUUGCGUGGUUAAAAUGUACUCGAAUUAUCCCGGAUGGGGUAAACUCUACCUCUAUUGCUCUCGUUCCAAAAAUUCCUAAUCAUGUUAAGAUCUCUAA